AUGUCCGAAAUCGUCGUCGCCUUUGAUCUGUACGGCACACUGCUGUCUACAAACUCGAUUGCCAAGGAACUCGAGAAGCACUUUGGGCAUGACAAGGCGCAGACCAUUUCCGCGCUGUGGCGACGGUAUCAGCUCGAGUAUACGUGGAGGCUGAAUAGCAUGGAAAGCUACGUCGACUUUGACCAAGUCACCCGCAACUCACUACAGCACGCCCUGUCCGAGAACAACGAACAACUCAGCGACGCCGACACAACCCAGUUACUAGAAGCCUACGACCACCUGUCUACAUUCUCCGACGUGAACCCAGCCCUCAGCCGCCUGGGAGCCGAACCCGCCCUCAAAGCCGUGAUCUUCUCCAACGGCACCCAGACCAUGGUGUCCAACUCGGUGCUGCGCUCCCAGGACCUCGCCCCGCACGCCAGCGUGUUCCAGGAUAUCGUAACUGUCGACCAGGUCCAGCGGUACAAACCCUCGCGAGCGAGCUACCAGCAUUUAGCAGACCAGGUCGGGAAGGACCUCACGGAGCUCUGGCUCGUCAGCGGCAAUCCAUUCGACAUCGUCGGCGCGCGCAGCAUGGGCAUGAACGCCAUCUGGGUAGAUCGCGCCUGUGCCGGAUGGAAAGAUGCCGCUGACCCGGCGCUCCGACCGACAUGUAUUGUGCAUAGUCUGGAGCAUGUGGUGGGAGCGAUUAUCGGGAAAUGA